GACUUGUCUGUCCAUCACUGGUGUAAAUUUCCCCAAAACAAGUAGAAAUUUGUCGUAAGGGAUGCUUUAGCCGCCUUUGGCCCACCUGUUCUCUCAACUUCCAAGCUCCACCUUACAUCAUUGAAACUACUCCUACUAAUUAAUCACCCAUAACACAAAGAUACUACUAAAAAGUUCACUUUUCUUGAUCUAACUAUCAUCUAUGGUGUGAACGAGCUACUAAUAAUUAAUCUAAGAUGAUGGAGGCUCUUUAUGUUGAGGCAGCUAAGGCAAUAACAAAGCUGGUGGUUACACGUCCAGUGGAGCAGGCAAAGCUAGCUUGGGGAAUCAAGCACCAGUUCGAGAAGUUGAGAGAUGAAUUCACUUACAUCCAAGCUUUUCUCCAAGACAAUGAGAGGUUGAACAAAAAAUAUAGAGGAGAUAGCCAAAUUGUGAAUGCUUGGCUCAGAAAAGUCAUGAAUUUGGCUUACUUAGCAGAUGAUGUAAUGGAUGAUUAUGCCUAUGAAAUUCUUCGUAGGAGAUCAAGUUCAUGGGAAUUAAAGAGCAACAACAACAAUUAUCGACCAGGGAGGAAGGCACUAGCUCUCAUAAAGCUCAAGAAGCGAUCAUUCAAGAUCAAAUGCCGUAACUAUUCAACUCUCUCUGAUUCUAAUCCUUUGGCUUUCAGCUUUAGGAUGUCUAGAAAAGUCAAACAUAUUCUUCUGUCUUUUGAUGACUUGUACAAGGAUGCUAAAAAGCUUGGUAUUAGGCCAGCAGAGAUGGCAGCUGAUGAUGUAAGAGGAGUUAGUGACAAAGGAAUAAUAAAGAGAAACAUCGACAACUGCUUGGAUGAAGUUCGUGAAUUAGCAGUUGCACACAGGCUUGAAUUUGUAGGGAGGCAACGUGAUAAAAAAGAGCUCACAACUUUGCUUUGUGAUCAUAACAACGACGAGGAGGUCUCAACCAUUGCCAUCGUUGGUAUGGGAGGUCUUGGUAAAACAACAUUGGCGAGACAACUGUAUGAAUAUGAAGCAAUUACCGGACAUUUUACAGAAAGGUUUUGGAUCUGCAUAUCUGAUAACUUCACUGUGAAGAGGGUUUUGUGUGUGAUGUUCGAAAAACUUACAGGAGGGAAAUGUGAACUGUCAAAUACAGAGGAUAUUAUAGAAAGGGUUCAACAACUUGUAAAAGGCAAACGAUACUUGCUUGUGCUUGAUGAUGUAUGGGAUCAAAAUCAAAACAAAUGGAAUUCUUUCAAGAACUCCUUGAGAAGAAUAAGAGGUACCACAGGAAGCAUGAUUUUGGUUACAACUCGCAACAAAGACAUUGCAAGAAUGACACAGAGCCGAUAUAUGCACCAGCUAACGGGGCUCUCUGAUGAAGAAAGCUGGGCUUUCUUUGUUCAGAAGGCUUUCCCGAAAGGCAUAGCAACAUUUGACCCAGGACUAGAGGAAAUUGGGAGAAAGAUAGUGAACAAUUGCAAGGGGUUGCCAUUAGCAAUAAAUGUCAUAGGGGGCUUAUUACGAACGAAGACAGAUCUGUGUGAAUGGAAAUCUAUUGAAAAGAGCGCAAUGUGGAAUCUUCCCCAAGAAAACAAUGAUAUCCUACCAUCCUUAUUACUGAGUUUCAACUAUUUGUCUUCUCCCUCUUUAAAACAAUGUUUUGCUUAUUGUGCUAUAUAUCCAAAGGAAGUCCUCAUAGAUCGAGAAGAUUUAAUCAAUCUCUGGAAUGCUCAGGGUUUCCUUCAUUGUCAAUCAGAAGAAAGAAACUUGACACCUGAGGAACUUGGAGGAAAAUACGUUGAUAUACUGUUUAACAAUUCGCUUUUACAAGCAGAGACACGGCGUUCUUUUGAUGGUGAAGUUACAGAAUAUCGAAUGCAUUAUUUGGUGCAUGAUAUGGCUCUUUACAUCUCUAGACAUGAUUGGAUGAUCUGGAAGGGGGUAGAAAGGGUCAGUAAUCCUUCUGGUGGUCGGCAUCUAGCCAUAUUUCCCGAAGAUGAUGUCAUAACCUCAGAAGCUCCAGCAGAAAAAAUGGCAUGGUUACGGACUCUACAUUCUACCAUUAGCUUACCUAUGGAUCUUUUGGUGCACACCAAAAACUUGCGUGUCCUAAAAUUAGCUUCAACUGGUCUAAAGAAAGUGUCUCCUGCUAUUGGUAGGCUCAGUCAUUUAAGAUAUGUUGACCUGUCACAUAAUCCAAUAGUUAUGCUUCCAGAGUCAAUUACAAGCCUUUACCAUCUGCAAACGCUUAGAGUUUUCGGUUACAAGCUCAGGGAAUUACCUCAAAGGUUGUAUAGGUUAGUCAACUUAAGACACCUACAUCUUACAUCCCGUUCAUGGUGCCUGCCUAGAGGGAUUGAACGGUUAAAAGCACUCCAGACGCUACCAAUGCUUGAGUUAAAUGAAGGCAGCGGAUGGGAAAUUGGUGAAUUGGAAGCUUUGGGUGUCAUUAAUGGCCUCUUAUCUAUCUCUGGACUUGAACAUGUGAAGAACAAGGGAGAAGCUGAGAAAGCUAGCAUUUUCAAAAAACUGGGCAUUUCAGAGAUGCAACUAAUUUGGGGCUGGGGAAGGGCUAACAAUCACCUAGAUGUGCUAGAUGCUCUUCAGCCACCCCCAAAUUUAAAACUGCUCAUGAUAACAGGUUAUGAUGGUCCAAAUUUUCCUCCAUGGAUGAUGAGUAUGAUGACUUUCAGUGAAACUAGUGGCCCAAGACCAUUCAAUAAUCUGGUGCAUAUUGAAUUACUAUAUUGCAGAAGCUGCCAACAACUCCCUGUGUUGGGUCAUCUACCAUGCCUUAGGGAUCUGUCUAUGUACUCUAUGUGGUCUGUCGCAGCUAUAGGGGAUGAAUUUUAUCAUUCUAGUAAUGAUACUGAAGAGCGAGCUCCAGCAUUAUUUCCAGCCUUGAGAAAACUUAAUAUAGUUAGCUUUGAAAACUUAACGAAUUGGGAACCCCCACUAAGUCGCGUAUUGGGAACAGUCACUACACUUGCCACAUUAGCCUUUCCCUUGCUUGAAUUGCUAAGGAUUGAGCACUGUGACAAACUGGUCCAGACUCCAACCAACUUCCCUUCUCUAAGGCAUUUAUGGGUUAAGAGUAUCAGAGGUCCAGCAGUGUACAAUGUUAUAAGUGGGAUUAGUAAUGCACUUACCUCACUCAAUAUCGAUGAGGCACCAGAGUUAUCCAGGCUACCUGAUGAGCUGAUUGAUUCCAAGAGUCUUGAGGAAUUGACUUUACGUUGUUGUCCUGAUCUGCAAUCUUUGCCUGACAGACUGGGAACCCAGCUUACUUCCCUACUUCGCUUGUCCAUUGUUGAAUGUCCGGAGCUGAGAAAGAUACCAGCCAGCAUGGGGGAUUGCCUCUCUUUGAAGAAACUGUGCAUACGUGAUUGCCAUAAUUUGGAAGGUAUACCGGAUUUGAGCCAACUGAUUCAUAUUGAAGAUAUAGAGAUUAAUGGAUGCGGAAAACUGACUUGCCUACCAAGAGGGCUUCAAAUCCUUCCUUGCCUCAACUCUUUGUCCAUUGGAGGGUUUAAGUCCUUAGAUACUGAGUCCACAAGCUCCGUCACAUCUCAACUUCUAUUUCCAGCACUCAAAUUGUUGAGGAUUAUCAACGAUGACAGUACAGAGCAAGUACCAGAAUGGAUUGGAAACCUCUCAUUGCUGCAGAAGUUGGAGCUAAAGUUGUGCAAGAAUUUGAUUCAUUUACCUUCACAUGAUGUCAUCCUGAGGAUGACUAGAUUGAGAGCACUUGUUAUAAAAUCCUGCCCAUUAUUGCAGGAAAGAUGUGCAAAGGACAAUGGGCCCGAGUGGGACAAAAUCUCCCACAUCCGUCUCGUUAGAGUCAAUUCACAGACAAUCCAAGAAAUAUCUGCAUAAGUUUGACCCUGCUGGACUCCUGAUUUCUCUAGUUCCGACAUGAAGUUGGUCAGCAAUCAGCAUUAUGUGUUUUAGGCUUUGCGCGGGAAGAGGAAGUGGUGUUCUUGGCUUUCCGUUCGUCAAGACCGGGAGUGAGUGAAUGAAAAGGAGUCCAACAACUGUCCAAGGGAGUCCCAAGGGCUCUUAGAGCAUCUCCAAUGAUUAGCUAAUAUCACCGUAGUUUGGUAUGCCACAUUAAUUUGUCAAGUAACAUUAUUUUCUAGCUAACAUGCUCCAAUGGUUGGUAA